AUUAAAACUAGAAUGAAUAGGUGAUUUCACCUUAAUUUAUUGAAGUUAGUUGAAUAUCUUAUUUUAAAAUGAAAUUUUGUAUCCUCGUUGCCUGUUUUGCAGUGGCAAUUUCAGCAAAUACACAACAAGAAUGGGACCUUUUUAAAGAAAGCCACAAAAAAGCCUACAGAUCACUUAUCGAAGAACGCCUUCGUUACCAAAUUUUCUCCGACAAUUUGGACAAAAUCAACAACCACAAUGCUAAAUUUGCCAAAGGUGAGACCACCUACACAAUGGGAGUAAAUCAAUUCGCCGAUAUGACCGAAGAAGAAUUCAUGGACAUGUUCAAGCAUUCUCUCAAGCCUCUCGAAGUCACCAAAACACACGAAAAAACCGAGGAAACACCUUUGGAAAAGGACUGGAGAAUCGAAGGAGCAGUAACACCUGUUAAGGAUCAGAAGACCUGUGGAUCUUGCUGGGCUUUCAGUGCAACUGGAGCUUUGGAAGGGCAAUACCAAAUCAAGAACAACAAAACAGUUUCCCUGUCCGAACAAAAUUUGAUCGACUGCACUCAACGUUACGCAAACGAGGGUUGCAGAGGAGGUUAUAUGGAAAAUUCCUUCAGCUACGUAAGAGAUUUCGGUAUAAUGACCGAAGACGCUUACCCAUACGAAAACAGACAAAAGAAAUGCAGGUACAACGAAUCCGCCUCGGUUCUUAAAGCAUCAGGGCAUGUAGGUAUCGCCAAAAACCGUGAGGAAGAUCUUAUGAACGCUGUAGGAACUGUUGGUCCCAUUUCUGUAACAAUCGAUGCUUCCCUCUUCAUGUCGUUCUAUAGUUCUGGGAUAUACAACGAUUUUGUCUGUUCGUCCAAGGCGCUGAAUCAUGGUGUUUUAGCUGUCGGUUAUGGAAAUGAAAAGGGAACCGAUUACUGGAUCGUCAAGAACUCCUGGGGAGCUAGAUGGGGAGAAAAGGGAUACAUUCGUAUGAGGCGCGGCAAGAACAUGUGCGGUAUUGCCACUAGGGCCAGUUACCCAACGUUGUUAAUCUGAUUUAGUAUUAUUUAUAUUUUGUCUAAUAAAAUUUAAAUUAUUUGUUGUUUUCUUAUCUUUUUCAAAAAAGAUUCCGAAUACGAAUUGAUCCAGGCUCUUGGAAC